AUGAUAAUUUAACUAAAUUAAUAGUUGGAAAGAGUGGAUGACUUAAAGUGUGCAGAUAUUUGUGCAGAAUUCGAAUUUGAAACUAUGUCUAGGGAAAUUUUGGGUAAAGGGACUUAUGGGUAAUAAUUUAAAUUGAUAUAAUAGUAAGGUGUACAAAAUGAAAAACAAAUUUGAUAAUUAGUAUUAUGCUGUAAAAUGCAUUAAGAAAUAAAAUGAAAAGGAAGGAGUAAAUUUAAUUAUGAUUUUAAGUUUCCUAUUACUUCUUUGAGAGAAAUUAAAUUUCUUACUUCAUUAGAUUAAGAGAAUGUAAUAAAAAUAAAAUAGAUUUAUACAAGAGUUAAAAAAAAUAAGAAGAAUAUAAAGACAAUAAAAACAUAUUGUGCUAUGGAUUUAAUGGCAAAUGAUUUUUGGAAAUUAUUAGUUAGAAAUGAAUAAUAAAAGUUUUAUUUUACAACAAAUCAAAUUCGUAGCAUUCUGUAUUAAUGCUUUAAGGGACUAUAAUACAUUCAUUCAUAAAAGAUUAUACAUAGGGAUAUAAAAAGUGCAAAUAUAUUGGUAAAUGAAGAAGGAAUAGUUAAAAUAGCAGAUUUUGGUUUAGCAAAGUUUUGUCCAAAAAUAGAAGGAGUUAAAAAAACUCCCACAGUUGUAACAUUAGGUUAUAGAGCACCUGAAGUCUUAUUAACAAGAGGAUAAUAUUCCUUUUAAUUAGAUGUUUGGAGUAUGGGAUGCUUUGCUGUUGAAUUAAAUUUCAAUAGACCAUUAUUUAAAGCUAAAGAUGAGGCUUAAUAGAUUUAAUAAAUAUUUGAAAAAUGUGGAACACCUACAACAGAAACUUGGCCAGAGAUUAUGAAAUCAGAGUACUUUGUUAAAUUAAAUCCUUAAAGAUGUGAUAGAAAGUUUAUUUCUUCAAUUAGAAAUAUGAAUAUGGCAUUUGAUGAUGAAUUGCUUGAUUUACUUGAUAAGAUAUUUGUUUUAAAUCCAAAUGUUCGGUUAACAGUUGAAUAAGUGCUCUAACAUCCUUUCUUUACGAAUCACAAUCUAGAACUAUGUUUUGAUCAAUUCAAAGAAUAUAUUUUGAAAAGAAAUAUAACAUAAGAAAAAGUAGUAACGCGUGUUUAUAAGCCUUUAUAAGAAGAAAUAAAAUUUGUAAUAUGA